UGUUAGGAUUGGUACACGCAUAAAAUUCUUGUCAUUGUAUAAAUGUCUACACUCUUCUUCAACAAAAGUGGAUGUUUGUAUGAUAUAGACUAUAAUAAGACCUGCACAAUUUUUUUUCUUUAAAGUUGUCUGUACAGCUAGAUCUGGUAUACAUAUACAAAAUGGUAAUCAUGAGAUAUGAGAAAUACUAGAUCUACAGAGUAUAGGAUAUAGAUUAUGAGUUGCACUGCAGUACUCGGUAGGCGAUCAAUAUAUUUAUUGACUAUUUCCGUAUGUACUGAGGAACUUUUUUUGAAACCAUGUUACCUGUCUGAAGAAGUACAGAAUAGUCCAGGAGCCUAAGACUGGUAGAAAGAUAAUUCUUGUCUCUGUGAGGUCUGCUGUCACCAGCCUACUACAACAGGGGGUGAAAUGUAUUUGGUCUCCGUAUGUCGGCCAUCCUGUCUGGCAGUGCUGCGCUAUUGCAUUGUGAUCUCAAUCAGAUUGAAGAGCUCCUCUCAGAGUCAGCCACAUUACUGGACAAUGGGUUUCUUUAUUUUGCUUAGCCACGACAGUCUUCAGCUGGAUUCCUGCACCAAUGAUCACUACGGCCCUGACUGCAGAUUUCAAUGCAAGUGCAAGACAGGAUGUUCGGCUUCAGGGGAAUGUCAAACAGACGGCGUUUGCAAAAAUGGAUAUUUUGGAUAUCUAUGCCAGUUCCGUGACCUGGCAUUUCUUAAAACUGAACAGGAUAUGCCGAUACUCACAGAUAAUGAUGACCAAACCUGUGUCAGUGACGACACGCUAAACAGGGCGACCGUAUCAAUGGUGACUGGUCGGUUCUCAUAUUUUCGAUUGGUGAUAAAAGAAGCAAUGCACAAAUCUCUAGAUACCAUAAGUUUCGUACUAAAAAAUGCAGACGAGAAAGUCUCAUGUGAACGUGAAACGUAUAACGUCACUAUAGUCGCUCACAUUAAAGAUUACUACUGUUCAACAGCGACCGAUGUGACGUCCCUCGAGGUGGUCGGAGCUGGUGUGUCAUCACUUUGCACAGUGAACAUUGGUGGAGGUCGUAAUUUGGCCAUAAAAAGCAAAUUUAGCUUGUCGUCUGUAUCUUCAUACCCUCAAACCAAUGGAGAAGCAGGUGUGGAUGGAUUCUACCCGACAGACCCAACGUUUGAUUCUGAAACCUGUUUCUAUGCUAACGGGAGUGAGGAUACCUAUGACUUUCUGGUCUUGUUCAAAAUGCCAGUGUUGAUCGAUUACUUUAUACUCAUCAACAGACGAGAGACUGACAGUGUCAAAUAUUUGGCUAAUUUAGAAAUCAUAACUUAUGACGCGUACAAUGGUACAGUCAUGAGAUAUACGCAGGUCGGCGACCCGUCACAAGGAAACGGAGUCUACACUAUUAAGCACAGUUCAAAGAACGUUCCUAUCUCAAUGUUUCGACUAGAAAAUAAAACUCUACUACAGUUCUGUGAGAUAGAGGCCUAUGGAGAGUGUCAAUACGGAUGCUAUGGAUUGGAUUGCACCAAAAUAUGCAGUGAUAAAUGCACAGACGUAGCCUGUGAACUGAAUGGAAGAUGUCGGGAGUGUAACGAUGGCUAUUUCGGGGAUACAUGCGACCAAGCUUGUGGCCGUUGCGCCAAAAACAGGUUCUGCCUAAAAUUAAAUGGUUCAUGUUUUGAUGGAUGCCAACCUGGAUUUUACCCGCCAGUCUGUAAAAAAGAAUGUGUAGCCGGGAUGUACGGCUUAGACUGCAGCACUCCCUGCAAUAGUAACUGCCCGAGAGAUUGCACCAAGGAUAUGGGUCAGUGCUCGAAAUGUUUAGCAGGAAAAUAUGGAAGCAACUGCGAAUUAGAUUGCUCUCCACACUGCGUCGAUAAAAGUUGCGAUGCCAUGACUGGUCAUUGUACUUCCGGUUGUACAAAAGGAUUCUGGGAUUCAACGUGUACCACUUCGUGUUCCAAUUGUCUUGAAGGAGAGUGUGACCAGCUAAAUUUAAACUGCACCAAAGGAUGUGUAGAAGGAUAUGAAGGAGCGGAUUGCUCUAAGGCACUAUCGUCUUCCGAUGAAAGCUUGAUUAAUACAUAUUACAUCCUGAUUGCAGCCAGUUGUAUUUCCGCAGUGUUUCUUCUGACAGGAUUACUUCUAAGAAUGAAGCCGACACCAGUACCAUUAAUAGACGAACAUUAAAAAUACUACCGACACGACUACGUUGACUUGUUUUAGUUUUCCUAAUGUUUUUGUUUUUUAAAUGAAUCAGAUCAUGAACUAAUUUGUUUACACACACUCUUGGUUUACGUUGUCCGUCAUUUUGUUAUCGAUUUUAUUGUUAAAGUGGGUCUUGUAAGUGGGUCAUGUAAGUGGGUCAUGUAAACAUUAUUUAGGUCUGCGUAAAAUAUACACGUUUUCUUAUAAACUUAAUGAUGUUGUAAUUAUGUGUGUAUAUUUAGUUCAGUAUGAGAUAGCCAUUGCUCUGAGCGUGUCGAUUGUUCUUAAGGUAUGUCAUUAGGUCUAGGCUGACAUUUGUAAAAACCUAUUUGGUUUUCGACCUGUCGUUAUUUUGUUAUUUAAAAUAAUUAAAUGAAAUAAUAAAUUCAA